AUUACGUUUCAUGAAAAAACUAAAUGCUAGUGUAAUUUCCCUGAGUAAAAGUUCUUUGACUAGUGCAGACUUUGGGAUUCAGUCUCACCCCUUUGUUUGACCACCAAUUCUCCGGCCAGCAACCUACGCCUAGCGGCUGUUCUCCUGAGCCAUUCCUCUUACAACUCCUCCAUUCUACUAUCAUCCAUGAAAUGACUGCAGAAUUAAGGAAGAAAACCUAAAUUCAACUAUCAUUCUAAGUUAGCAUUGCCAACAAUGGAUCCAGUCUGUGGGAAUAGUCUCAGUAACAAUCCUAAUCUGUCUUCAAAGCAACGGCUCCGUUGGACCCAUGAACUCCAUGAACGUUUUGUUGAUGCAGUGGCACAACUUGGCGGGCCAGAUCGUGCUACACCCAAAGGUGUUCUCAGGGUCAUGGGGUUACAGGGCUUGACAAUAUAUCAUGUCAAAAGCCAUUUACAGAAAUAUCGCCUUGCUAAGUAUCUUCCAGACUCCUCAUCAGAAGGGAAAAAAGCAGACAAGAAGGAAUCUGCAGAUUUGCUUUAUGGUUUGGAAAGUUCAUCUGGCAUGCAAAUCACUGAGGCACUAAAGCUGCAGAUGGAGGUGCAGAAGAGAUUGCAUGAGCAAUUGGAGGUGCAAAGACAGCUGCAAUUACGAAUAGAAGCUCAAGGUAAAUACUUGAAGAAAAUUAUCGAGGAGCAACAACGCCUUAGUGAAACGCUUGCUGAGGUGCCUGGCUGUGGAGAUUCUGGAUCAGGCUCUGAUAAGUGCCUCGGCUGCCCUGACUCUCUAGAGAGUGACCCAGCAACUCCAGCUGCUUCCUCAGAGUCACCUUUAGGCAAGAAUAGCAAAGAAUGUGCAGUUGCUAAGACCCUGUCUUUAGACGCAUCUUUCUCAUCUCAACAGGAGCCAUUGACUCCUGACUCUACUUGCUUCGAUGCUAUCACAUCUAAGAAUUGUAAAGACGAGAGAUCAGUAAUGAAGCCAUGUAUGACCAGUGAUGAAGCCCUUUCAAGCCAAGAGAUGGUAUUUACCCAGCAGAUGCUGGAGUCGACCAUGACUCCAUCUUUUCAACAAGGGCACCCUAUUUAUGUUGGAGACGCACUUGAUCGUUCAGCUUUAUUGCUUCGCGAGGAAGACCAAACUGAAAAGCUAUGAAGAGUUCCAUUUUUAAUUUCUAUCCGGCCUUCAUUAGUAAGUAUUUCUGUGUACUUCGGUGUCCAAUAGAAAGUUUCUUCUGUUACAGACGUCUUCUCGUGCUAAUUUGAUCAGGCUUUAGGGGAUGAAAACUCUUUGCAGUGUUGAGGCGGUUGAAGUUUUAAGAGAUUCACCUCCUGUGGUGGACUGGUGGUAAUAUGCAUAUUUGUUGUUUUUGAUUUUAUUUGCCCUGGCUAGCAUCAGCAGCCAAUACCACCCAGUUCCAAAACUUUCAUUGAUCACGAUGAUAGGAAAUGCUGAUCUCUUGUAUUUUUAUUGUUUAUCAUGUUAGCAUGUUCUUUGCUCAUACCAUUUGGCAAUGUUGUUAGAAGUACACGUCUCUUAGUUCUAACACACGUUUAGGGCAUUUAGAGAGGUGAAAAUGAAGUGAUCUAAUCGAUAAUGUAGACUUUGUAACAUGUUUCCAACUUAUUGACUAGGAUAUAAUUUUUUCUUGUUUCCACAAACAAAAAGAAGCUCUGUGGUCCGUUCAUGUGAAAAUUUGCCGAUUGCUGCUCACUAAUCAAUUCAUUUGAGGCAAA